UCGGCAUGCCAUCCUGCGCACCGAAGGAUCUAAACACUCUGAAUCUCUAUGCAUCUAUAUAUGCAAAUGUAAUAUGCAGGACUAUGAAAUAGCACCCCAUCAAAUUCAACCGCUGGCUAGCUAGCUCUGUUGUGCGUGUGCCUAGUGAGAAAGAAAUGGAAGACUUGGCAUGGUGGCUAGGCAUCCUGCUCGGCGCCGUCCCGCUGCUGGCUUUCGCUGUCUGGCACUGCAACGACGCUUUCUACUGCGCCGCCUUCGCACUGCGCCGUCGUGGGCUUGACCGCCGGCUCCCGCCGGGCCACAUGGGUCUCCCAUUCUUCGGUGAGACAGGGGCCAUGCUAUGGCGCUUCAAGGUGACGCGCCGCCCCGACGGCUUCAUCGAGACGAGGAAGAAGGCGUACGGAGAAGGCGUGGGCAUGUACAGGUCCCACCUCUUCGGCCAUCCGACUAUCGUCGUCUGCCUCCCGUCGGUCAACAGGUUCGUUCUGCAGGCCCACGACAGCUUCUGGGUCCGCUGGCCGGCCAAGGACCUCCUUGGCCUGUCGUCCAUGUUCAACGCCGAGGGGAGCGCGCACACCAGAAUCAGGGGAUAUGUCGUCGCGUCCUUCAGCCAGCCCAGGUCACUCCGGAACAUCGCGCGGGUCGCGCAGCCGCGCGUCGCGGCGGCGCUGCGGUCGUGGGCUGAAAAGGGAACCAUCACCGCCGCUACAGAGUUCAGGAAACUCAUGUUCGAGUGCACCUGCGAGAUAUUUAUAAGCAUGAAGCCGUCACCUCUCGCAGCAAAGAUGGAUAAAUGGUUUGCCGGCAUACUUGACUCGCUGAGAGCAUUGCCGGUGGACUUACCGGGAACAGCGCUGAACCAUGGUCGAAAGUGUCGACGGAAGCUAAACGCAGUGUUCCAAGUGGAGCUUGAGAAGAGGAGGAAGCAGGAGAAAUGCGGUCAUGUGGGGGAAGAAGACUAUGCUGAUGAUUUGAUGAGUGGGCUAAUGAACAUGGUAGACGAUCAAGGGAAAAAGUUGACUGAUGAAGAAGUUUUGGACAACAUAGUUUCCCUCGUUGCCGGAGGUUACGAGUCGCCAUCUUAUGGGCUACCCCAUUGCAACCUAUUUUACUCGAUAAAUCAAGAUCAGACAAGCAUGAAGAUUCCGUCAACCAUAAGCUCCUCAUGGUGGGCAUUGUCGAGGAGCUCCCUCAUCAGGUCUCCUUGUCUCAAGCCGCGUCCGUGCAAAAUAGGUAGGCCAUCCACACCAUUGAUGAGGACUCGCGAGGAGGAGGAACAAAGGAGCCCGGAGAUCCAAUCAGGAAAUCUAGGAGGAAAACCAUGCCUCUUGAGGAGCUCCAUGAUGAAAUCCCACCUCACGGAGUCGAACGCUUUGCGGAUGCCAAGCUUAAAAAUAGCGAAGGGAUUUUGCUCUUGUGGAGGCGAUGUGCGAGGUUGCGGACGUACAUGCAGUUAUCAUUUAUGCUUCUUCUUUUGAUGAACACACUUUGGGCAUUGGACACAAGGUCAUUCAUGAGGGGGUGCUAGCCGGAUAGCAAUCAUCUUAGCUAUGAUUUUUGCAACAACGUGGAUGAGGCUAAUAGGUCUAUAGUCAUAGAUACUUUCGGCUCCCUCUCUCUUUGGCAACAAGACAAUAUUCGCCGAAUUAACCCAUUGGAGAUGCGCCAUAUGGAGAGUGUUGAAAUGGUGGAUGGCCCUCAUGAGGUCGUCUUUGAUGAUGCCCCAACACUUUUUGAAGAAAGCACCGGUGAAACUAUCCGGCUAGGGGCCUUGUCCGAAGGCAUUUGCCUAAUUGCCUCUUGCACUUCCUCUUCGGAGAAAGGGGCAUCAAUUCCCACUAGAUCUACUCCCCUAAAGUGAAAAUUUCCCCAAUUUAGUUCAUGGCUCCUAGUAGGAGCUUUUCCCAUGGCCGAAACAAAAUGAACAUGUAUGAUCUUCUUCUUAUGCGUGUGCUCGGUCACCCAAUCAUUAUUGUG